UACAUAGACUUAUGCUUCUAUUGCUAAAUUCUGCAUGUUCUUGCGAUUGAACUUUUUCUUCUGCAACAAAAUCCUUAGGAUUUAAUUCUGCAUUUGCCCAUAAAGAAUAAGUAUGUGCUUGAUGCCUAUGCACUUCUCUUCGCUUUGGAGGCAUUUUGGCCACAUGAACUUGUGCUGGAGUAUCUAUGCAGACCGCCAUGUCAACAUUGCCACCCGUCCUACCAGAAGAAUGAACGCCGCCGCUCUCAAGCGUCUGUUGUCGGCGCUGGCGUACGGACUGUGCAGCUUCCUUAUAGUGGUCUUCAAUAAGAAUGUCCUCACCACGCACAGUUUUCCAUCGUUUCAAGUGGUGGCGCUUGGUCAGAUGGCGGCCACCGUCAUGGUGCUGUUCGCGGGCCGUCACCUGAAGAUCGUCGACUUCCCUCACUACAGCCACGACGUCGUCACCAAAAUUUGGCCGCUGCCGCUCAUCUUCAUCGGCAAUCAAGUGUUCGGCCUGGGCGGCACCAAGCGCCUCAGCUUGCCCAUGUUCACCGUGCUGCGGAGAUUCUCUAUCCUCAUGACUAUGAUCGGGGAGAGGAUCGUCCUCGGCGUGAAGGCCCCUCUGUCGAUCUCCCUCACCGUGUACGCCAUGAUCUUCGGUUCAGUCGUCGCCGCCCUAAACGACAUGGCUUUCGAUGCUAUUGGCUACACGUUUGUGUUAGCGAACGAUGCGUUCACUGCCGCAAAUGGCGUCUACACAAAACAAAAGCUGGACAGCAAGGAGCUGGGCAAAUAUGGCUUGCUUUACUACAACGCUCUCUUCAUGUUCCCCUUCCUCUUUGUUCUCUGCUGCUACAAUGGCGAGCUGGAACUGGCCUACAACUAUCCGAAUUGGUCGGAUCCAAUAUUCCUGGUCCAGUUCGUGUUAUCCUGCGUGAUGGGCUUCAUCCUGAGCUACUCAGUGAUGUUGUGCACGCAGUACAACUCAGCUCUCACCACCACCAUCAUCGGCUGCCUCAAGAACAUCAUCAUCACCUACCUCGGCAUGAUCAUCGGCGGCGACUACGUCUUCUCAUUCUACAAUUUUAUUGGACUCAACAUCAGUGUGGUAGGCAGCGUCGUCUACUCGUGGCUGACGUUCCGCGUCAAAGAACCCAAAGACCAGCCGCCGGUCCUGCAGAGUGCCCCCACCACCGUGUGAUGUACGGCCCCACCACCGUGUGAUGUGCAGCCCCACCACCGUGUAAUAUGCAGCCCAGUCACCGUGUGAUGUGCGCCUCCACCACCGUGUGAUGUGCGCCUCCGCCACCGUGUGAUGUACGCCUCCGCCACCGUGUAAUGUGCGCCUCCACCAUCGUGUGAUGUGCUAUGUACUUUGUUCAAGUGUGUAAAUAAAUCGCAAAGUUGACUCGUGACAGCAAUGGUGGAAAAAAUGCUGGAAAUGGAAACAAAAUCCAGAGAAGUUAGACCAGUAGACAUUGUAUUGCUUAUUUCUUCUGCUCACUCUUGAAACUAUGAAGUAUUAUGAAGUGUACGUAUAAUUGAGCUCGUACAUUAGCUGUUGUGUACAGAGAUGUGAAAUUAUCUGACCUACGUCGUGGCAGCGUAAUGUCUCGUAUGCAACUACUUACUCGCCUAAGUCGAAUAGGAAUUACUAGCAUAAUCUAAUGGUGUGCCUUAUUAUUGCUUGAUAUUUGUGAUCACUUCUGUAUCGUGUACCGCUAAGAUAUAGAAAUCUCAUGAGCUUGCCUGAUGUUGAAUAACUGUACAGAAUUUAUUUAGAUAAUUUUAUUUAAUGGAAGCAGUACGCGCUGCGUACUUAGCGUGUACUGCGUUAAAUUAGAAGUAUUAAUUAUAUUUUUAUAUCUGAAGCUAUUUUACGCAGGGCAUUCAGGCGGGCUUUCCUAAAUUAUACACGUCAACCUACAAGCUAGCGUGUAAUUCAAGGAGUCCGCACUCGCCUCCAUCGUGUAAUGCGUGUUGCGUGUAUAGGGCUACUUACCAUGUCAGAGAUGCGUGUAACGUGUGCCUUGCUUUUUACCAUGCCAGAGAUGCUCGAGGCGGUGUUGCGUGUGCCUCGCUACUUACUAGGCCAUGAUUACUUCAAGCUCAGUUUCCACGGAGUGCCAAGGUCGUUUUUUUACUAUGAUUAUAGUUUUUCUGGUCCUUCAUCUCCUGUAAGGCCAGGAGAUGUAGGUAAUUAUAUUUUCUAUGUAUGCUUGUUUUAAUAAUUUCAAUAUAUAGAAAUGACCAUUUAUUGACACGUCUAAAGCUUUUAAAGACUUGCUGUGUGUGGUGUAAGCACUCGGGGAUGCAUCGUUUGUAUUGCUUUGUUUGUAUGUGCCUGAAAUUGCCAUGAUUAUUGUCCUGCCAAUGGUCCCUGUUACCAAUCAUUGGUUUUUAUAAAGACUAACGGUGCAAUUUGUUACACUCAAUAUAUUUGGCUUAAUCUGUGCAUUAUUCCUUCACUCAAGUACUGUGAAAACGUUUAUUUUUCAUUGAAUGACGGCGAAGUAGCGUUUUUUUUCUUUUUUUUUUCUUAACGAUUACAUUGUGAGAAAAAUCCUACGAAUUAUUAUUUCUCUAUAAUUUAACAAUUGCGCUGCUUCGCCAAAAGUAUAGUGCAUCAUAAUGGCAAUGCAUUUUUCGCCCUUGCAUGGGUCGUUCUGACACAGUUUGACCAUUCAAAAGGGCAUUUCAGUUCUACGUCCACUCGCUGCCCAGCUGUGGGUAAGAAAGUGUCAAUUUAGACAAUAUGAGCAAUUCCUUUUUGUGAGUGAUGCUUGUGAUUCUUCGAAGCAUGAACGUUUGCGUUGCUCAAUGCUCUGAUAUCUUUGUGCUGCCAUGCCUGCUCAAGUGCAGCUAUCAGCUACAUCAAUAUAAUAUAUGGACGGCGGCUCAAAACUAACGUGGGUUGCUUUUCAUCCAAAUGUAACAGGAUGAUGUUUGUGUCGUGAGGAUCUGAUCGCGACUUUUAUCUUUUAUUUUGUGCCAAUUACCUGCAAUUUAAUUUACACCCUUUUCUGAUGACUGUCCAUUUCUAUGGGCUUGCCGGCCCUGAUCGCGUGCAAUUCAGUUCAGAUUUAAGGUGCGGUUCACUGCGAGUCUGUAAGGUCCUUAACUAUGCUGACGCAUCAAAAUACCACUUUGCUUUUUGUGCUCGCAAGCUCUUCGUUGUAGUGAAUAGCCUUAGGAGGUUAAUUUGCGAGCAAUUCAUGCUUCAGUCGUUAAUAUUGUGAUAUUGUUAGUUUCUCUGUUCUUCUAGCUGUUUGGUGAGGUUUUCAACUGUAGAUCAAGAGUCAUGAGCAAGAAAGGAACCUUGGCUGCCAAGGACGACUUUCCUGCCGACUUGCGUAAUACUGAAGUGGCGCUCCAGCGUGGCCUGGGACUGCUACGUUCGAAACACAAAAACUAAGAAUACUAUGAAUUAUUUACCAUUUCCUUUAUGGGCGUUUCUACUUUUCAACAAAUAUUCCGUCUAUAAAUACGAAAUAUUAUCUUAACUUGUGAGGUCAGCUGCUUUCAAGGCCUGUAUUUUACAGGGCUAGUUCUAUUGCUGUGUUGUGCAAUGCCUCAAUUCUGCGGUAUAUAUCACUCAUUUCGACAAUUUAUUGCGUCUAGAUGUACUUUAGAGAAUUGAAAUUAAACAAUUGUGCAUUUUUUACCUAAUUUUAUGCUUCUAUUUAUUUGUUUAGUUUAUGAGUUAAUACGUUAAAUGAUGUAUUAUAUUACGGUACAUCUUGCGUCAAUUUAUCAUGGACAUUUCGAUAUCUGCUCUUACCGUUCUGUCAUAGUCCACUUACCCUGCGCUCAUUUUAAAUCUUAAAUUAAAUGUAUUCAAAUGAUUUCUGUUGAAGAUUGCUUGCCCAUUCAUCUUGUAAAUAUGCAAGUUCUGCUACGGCUGCGCUAUGAACGCGUUUUUGAUAUUAUGCAAGAAUGUCUUUGCACACAGUUUUGUUCAGCAGGGAGUGUUUAAAGUAAGCGUUUUAAUUUUAAUUUCGUGGUGCAAGCUUACAUGUACUCAACUGAAUAAUUAGUAAUUUUACUGUGCAGGAAUUUGUACUUUGCAAGUUGACGCCCAUGGUGUGUGUUUCAGUGUGUCAGUUGGCGGCUUGUUACGUUCCAUUUAAGGGGCUAUGUCACAGGAAGGAAGCACAUGUGUUACAUUUCCAACCGUUCGUCGAGCCCCAGAACUUUCUUGAGGAGGCGGGCAUCAAUUGACGUGCAACAAUUGUCUGGUUUUCUUUCAACAUUGUUUGAUGCCAUAAAAACUUGUAGUAGUAAUAAUUGUUGAAGGUUCAGAAAUCGCUUGACUGGUGCGUACCCGGAAUUUCAUUUUAAUACGUUACCUAUUUUAUCACAGAAUUUAAAAAUGCAUUAGACGGUUGUGACUGCAUCCUUCCAAAUCUUCAUCUAGUUACCUUUAUACUGACAUGAUCGAUGUCUUGGUUCCUCAUGGUGGCUGAAGAAAACCUUGAGUGCUAUACCAGCAGCUAAUGAAAACAGCUAUGGCUCUUAUUCCUUGAUUGUGCGAAGAGCGGACAUGGCACUACUAACCUUAUGCUCAUUCGUGUUGUUUUUCCAGCUGUUGUCCUCUAAGACUUGAGUAAUGAAAGUGUCCAUGAAAAGCUAA